AUGCCUAAGUUCAAACAACGAAGAAGGAAGCUAAAAGCCAAAGCCAAAAGAUUAUUUAAAAAAGUGUCUCACCUCCAGCCCAGGCUAAUUACACCUCCUCCUCCACCACCCUCACCUGAAAGAAUAGUUAUUUCUUCAACAGAUGUAUCCCAUAGCAGGAGCUGGCUAAGAUUGUCCUGGAACUUCAACUUUCCCAACAUCAAAGAUACAAUAAAACUUUGGACAAAUAAAGUAUGGUCUAUAUACACGUGGUGCCAGAACUGCAUAGCCCAGAGUUUAGAAGGAUUGAAAGAUACCGUCUUUCCAUCUCGUAUCUGCCACCGAGAACUUCACAGUCUCAAACAACAGUUUUUCAUUUUGGAAAAUAAAUUAUGCAAGCUCCAGGAAACACUGAAGGCCGUCUCAGAAAGAUCUUCUUGUCCAAGCUGUGGUCAGAUGUGUCACAUGAAUAGUAAACUUAUAGCUGUGCCCACCUGUGUUCUAACCACCCCUGGAGAAUCUGGAGCUGAAAUUAUAUCUCCUCCCACACUGCCACAGCCAGCCAACCAUCUUCCUCCUCCUCCUCCUCCUCCUCCUCCUCCUCCACCCCCACUUCCUUCUCUUCCUCCUCCACCACCACCACCACCACCACUAGCACUUUUGCUGCUCGCAAAAUCCAAUCUCACUAAAGCACUUCAGACUAGACCAUUACAAAGAGAUGGACCCAUGCAGAUAACAGUUAAAGAUCUACUGACUGUGAAAUUAAAGAAGACCCAGAGUUUUGAUGACAGGAGGAAGCUUGUACCAUCACCAAAGGCACAGAAUCCACUGGUUACUGUCUCUGAUCUACAGCGUGUUACCCUGAAACCAAACUCCAAAGUGUUAUCAACUCGAGUCACAAAUGUCUUAAUUACUCCUAAUAAAAGCCAGAUAGAUCUGCGGAAACUACUCAGAAAAGUCAACGUAGAAAGGAGCCCAGGUGGUACCCCUCUUACUAAUAAAGAAAAUAUGGACUCAGGAACUGGUCUCACCCCUCUAAUGACCCGGGCCUUGAGGAGAAAGUUUCAGCUGGCUCACCCUAGAAGCCCUGCUCAAGCUCUGCCGCAUUCUACAAGCAACUUUGAUGAACAAAACUGAUGCCAACUCUGCUUAAUUCCAUGUGAUAAUCCAUAAAAAAAUGUACCAAGCCAGGCAUGCUGGUGGGAUCCCGUAAUCCCAGCUACUCAGGAGCCUGAGGCAGAAGAA